UCUCAGUGUAUACUCGCCUUUUCUUCUUCUCCAAGGACUCGAAAACAAACAAAGCAACAUAUUUUAUUGAAAAGGCAGCGACCUUCUAACCCCAACGCUUCGCACUCCUUCCGCAAUCUUGGGUUUGGCUUCUCUCUCUCUCUCCCUCUCUCACUCUCAAAUCCCAUCUCUUUCUUCUUCUCGGAUGUGUAUUCAGCAAUCGCCCUCUCUCUCUCCUCUUUCAGAAAAGUAGUAGUCAGAAAGUAGUCAAGGCCGGGGCGGGAUGACUACCAUAAGAUCGAGCCUGCCGUCGCGGCUGCGGCAACUUUUGUCCGGAGAGGGCUCCCUCGUUCCCUCUGUCAAACUGGACUCCGAGACCCCUCCAAAAAUCAAAUUAUUUAUUGAUAAGGUGAUCCAGUGUCCAUUGCAAGAUAUAGCGAUACCUCUUUCUGGUUUUCGAUGGGAGUAUGGUAAGGGUAACUUUCACCAUUGGAGACCGCUGUUUCUGCACUUUGAUACAUACUUCAAGACAUACCUUUCUUCUAGGAAUGACCUCCUGUUGUCAGAUAAAAUUUUAGAAGAUGAUAGUCUAUUUCCCAAGCAGGCAGUUCUACAAAUUUUACGAGUAAUGCAAACAAUUCUUGAGAAUUGCCAUAACAAGAGUUCAUUUGAUGGCUUAGAGAAUUUCAAGCUCCUGCUUUCAUCAACUGACCCAGAGAUUCUUAUAGCUACACUUGAAACUCUAUCUGCACUAGUGAAAAUAAACCCCUCUAUGUUGCAUGGAGGGGGAAAGUUGAUUGGUUGUGGCUCAGUAAACAGCUCUCUCUUGUCUCUAGCCCAAGGAUGGGGAAGCAAGGAGGAGGGUUUGGGUUUGUAUUCAUGUGUAAUGGCAAACGAGAGAACCCAAGAAGAAGGGCUUUGUUUGUUCCCAGCUGAUUUAGAAAAUGACUGUGACAAGUCUAACUGCAGGAUAGGCUCUACUCUCUAUUUUGAGAUGCAUGGGGUUAAUGCUCAAAGCAGCAAGGAAAAUAGCAAUCAAAAUACUUCUAGCUUGAGAGUUAUACAUAUACCGGAUCUUCAUUUACAGGAGGAGGAUGAUCUCUCACUGUUGAAACAGUGCAUUGAGCAAUAUAAUGUACCUACCGAGCUACGGUUUUCAUUGUUGACAAGAAUUAGAUAUGCUCAUGCCUUCCGUUCUCGCAGAAUAUGCAGGCUGUACAGCAGGAUUUGCCUUCUUGCAUUCAUUGUGCUUGUUCAGUCUAGUGAUGCUCAUGAUGAACUUGUUUCAUUUUUUGCUAAUGAGCCAGAGUAUACGAACGAGUUAAUCAGGAUUGUGCGGUCCGAGGAAGCUGUUUCUGGAACCAUUAGGACACUUGCAAUGCUUGCCCUGGGAGCUCAGUUAGCUGCAUACAUGUCUUUUCAUGAGCGGGCACGGAUUUUGAGUGGAUCUAGUAUCAGUUUUGCUGGGGGUAACCGGAUGAUACUCCUGAAUGUGCUCCAGAGGGCCGUUUUAUCGCUGAAGGCCUCCAAUGAUCCAUCAUCUCUUGCCUUUGUUGAAGCACUUCUUCAGUUCUAUUUGCUUCAUGUUGUUUCAUCCUCGAGUUCUGGGAAUAAUAUUAGGGGGUCAGGCAUGGUUCCUACAUUCUUACCAUUUUUGGAGGAUUCUGAUCCUACACACAUGCAUCUUGUCUGUUAUGCUGUUAAAACUCUACAAAAGCUCAUGGAUUACAGUAGUUCAGCUGUUUCCCUGUUUAAAGAGUUGGGGGGAGUGGAGCUUUUGGCUCAAAGACUGCAAAUAGAAGUAAUUAGGGUUAUCGGUUUGACUGGGGCUCUUGAAAACUCGAUGAUCAUUGGUGAGAGCUCCAGAAACAGUGAUGAUCAGCUGUACUCCCAGAAGAGGCUCAUUAAGGUUUCGCUGAAGGCGCUUGGAUCUGCUACAUAUGCUCCUACUAACACUACGAGAUCCCAACAUUCCCAUGAUAGUUCUUUACCGGCUACUCUUACGUUGAUAUUUGGCAAUAUAGAUAAAUUUGGAGGUGACAUCUAUCACUCAGCAGUGACUGUUAUGAGCGAGAUGAUCCACAAAGACCCAACUUGUUUUCCUGUUUUGUUUGAAGUGGGUCUUCCAGCUGCCUUUUUAUCAUCGAUAGCAGCUGGUAUACUUCCUUCAUCAAAGGCUCUUACAUGUGUUCCUAAUGGUCUUGGUGCCAUUUGUCUUAAUGAAAAAGGCUUGGAGGCAGUGAAAGAAACUUCUGCAUUACGGUUCCUUGUUGACAUUUUCAGCAGUAAGAAAUAUGUUACACCAAUGAAUGAUGCUAUUGUUCCUUUGGCAAAUGCAGUGGAAGAGCUUUUGCGCCAUGUAUCUUCUUUGAGAAGCACUGGUGUUGAUACAAUCAUCGAAAUUGUUAACAAAGUUGCUUCUUUUGGGGACAGUAGCUGCUCAGGAUCAUCUGGCAAAUUGAAUGAGAGCACUUCAAUGGAAAUGGAUUCCGAAGACAAAGGCAACGAAAGCCAUUGCUGUUUGGUUGGUGCAGUUGAUUCGGCUUCAGAAGGGAUCAACGAUGAGCAGUUCAUUCAACUGUGCAUCUUUCAUUUGAUGGUACUGGUUCACAGGACUAUGGAAAACUCUGAAACAUGUCGGCUAUUUGUGGAGAAGUCAGGAAUUGACGCCUUAAUGAUGCUUCUUUUACGGCCUAGUAUUGCACAGUCAUCUGAUGGAAUGUCUAUUGCUUUGCAUAGCACCAUGGUUUUCAAGGGUUUUACUCAGAAUCACUCUACUCCACUGGCACAUGCUUUCUGUUCCUCUCUCAGAGACCAUCUGAAAAAAGCUUUGACUGGAUUUGGAGUCGUUUCAGGGACCUUUUUGCUAGAUCCAAAGAUGCCACAGGAUGAUGGAAUCUUUUCUGCACUUUUUCUAGUGGAGUUCCUUCUCUUUCUUGCUGCCUCAAAAGACAACCGUUGGGCAAGUGCGUUGCUUGCAGAAUUUGGACAUGGUAGCAAGGAUGUUCUGGAAGAUAUUGGGCGUGUCCAUCGAGAAGUUCUGUGGCAAAUUUCUCUUCUUGAAGAUGCCAAGCCUGAAGUGGAGGAUGAUGGUGCUGCUUCUACAUCUGAAUCACAACAGUCUGAAUUGGCUACAAAUGAAACUCAAGACCAAAGAUUCAACUCUUUCAGGCAGUUCCUUGAUCCAUUAUUGAGGAGGAGGACAUCGGGGUGGAGUAUUGAAUCCCAGUUUUUUGACCUUUUAAACACAUACCGUGAUCUUGGUCGUGCCUCCAGUUCCCAACAAAGACGUGCCGAUAGUUCUUCAAACUUACGAUUUGGAGCUGGUAAUCAAGUCCAUCAUUCUGCUUCUUCAGAUUCUGCUGGAGAUGUUAGUAAGCAGAGAUCCUACCAUACUUCUUGCUGCGACAUGAUGAGGUCGCUUUCUUUUCACAUUACCCAUUUGUUUCAAGAGUUGGGGAAGGUAAUGUUGCUUCCCUCUCGUCGACGGGAUGAUAUUUUGAAUGUUUCUCCUUCUUCAAAAUCAGUGGCUUCUACUGUCGCAUCUAUUGCUCUGGAUCACAUGAAUUUUGGGGGUCAUGUGAAUCCUUCUGGAACCGAGGCAUCCAUAUCAACAAAGUGCCGAUACUUUGGAAAGGUUAUCGAUUUCAUUGAUGGCUUUCUACUGGACAGGCCAGAUUCCUGUAAUCCGGUUUUGCUAAAUUGCUUGUAUGGACAUGGUGUAAUUCAAUCAGUUUUGACAACAUAUGAAGCUACCAGUCAAUUGCUGUUUGCUGUGAACCGUACUCCUGCAUCUCCCAUGGAAACUGAUGAUGGGAUCUUAAAGCAGGAUGAAAAGGGAGUUACUGAUACUUCAUGGAUUUAUGGUCCUCUAUCUAGCUAUGGGAAACUCAUGGACCACUUGGUGACCUCAUCUUUUAUAUUAACCCCGUUUACAAAACACUUGCUUGCCCAACCUCUAACAAGUAGCAUUGUUCCCUUUCCAAGGGAUGCCGAGAUUUUUGUGAAGGUUCUCCAGUCAAUGGUGCUGAAGGCAGUGCUUCCUGUUUGGACUCACCCCCACUUUGUUGAUUGCAGUAAUGAUUUAAUUACUUCGGUUAUUUCUAUAAUUAGGCAUGUCUAUUCUGGGAUUGAAGUGAAAAAUGUCAGUAGCAACACUGGUGCUCGCUUGACUGGACCUCCUCCUAAUGAGACUGCUAUUUCAACAAUUGUAGAGAUGGGUUUUUCCAGGUCUCGUGCAGAGGAAGCUCUCAGGCGAGUUGGAUCAAAUAGUGUGGAGUUGGCAAUGGAGUGGUUGUUCUCCCAUCCAGAGGAUGCUCAAGAAGAUGAUGAACUUGCUCGUGCACUUGCCAUGUCCCUUGGGAAUGCCGCAUCAGACACAAAGGAAGUGAGCACAAAUGGAGAUACUCAACAGCUUGAAGAAGAGAUGGUGCAACUUCCUCCCAUUGAGGAGUUGUUAUCUACAUGUACUCGGCUCCUGCAGAUGAAGGAAUCUAUUGUUUUUCCAGUUCGAGACCUGCUCGUGAUGAUAUGCUCCCAAAAUGAUGGACAAUAUAGGUCAAAUGUCAUCUCCUUUCUUGUUGAUCGGCUGAAGGAUUGUACUUUGAUUUCUGAAAGCGAAAAUGGUGCCAUGGUAUCUAGUCUUUUUCAUGUUCUUGCUCUACUUUUUCAUGAAGAUGAAGUGUCACGAGAACUUGCCACAACGAAUGGUCUGGUUGCAGUUGCUGCAGAUCUACUUUUGCAAUGGUGUACUGGAUCAGUUGGAAUGGAGAAAUGCCAGGUUCCUAUGUGGGUGACAACUGCUUUUCUUGCUGUUGACCGGCUGUUGCAGGUGGAUAAAAAACUGAACUCUGAAAUUGUGGAGCAGUUGAAGCAGGACACUGCUAAUAACCACCAAACAUCUCUCAUCAUUGAUGAGGAUAAGCAAACCAGGUUGCGGUCUGCAUUGGGAUUAGUUCCAAAGCAUACUGAUAUAAAUGAGCAGAAGAGACUUAUUGAGAUUGCUUGCAGUUGUAUCAGGAACCAGCUUCCUGCUGAGACAAUGCAUGCUGUUCUCCAACUGUGUUCUACUCUCACUAGAACUCAUUCUGUUGCUAUUAGUUUUCUUGAUGCUGGGGGACUGAGUUUACUGCUUUCUUUGCCAACAAUUAGCCUCUUUCCUGGGUUUGAUAAUGUGGCUGCUAAUAUCAUCCGUCAUAUUCUUGAAGAUCCGCAAACCCUACAGCAAGCAAUGGAAUCUGAGAUAAGGCACAGCUUUGUGGCUGCCACCAAUAGACAUACGAAUGGAAGGGUCACUGCACGUAACUUCCUGUCAAAUUUAAAUUCCGUCAUUACACGGGAUCCAGUAGUCUUUAUGCAGGCUGCUUGGUCUGUUUGCCAAGUUGAGAUGGUCGGUGAAAGGCCCUAUAUUGUCUUGCUGAAAGAUCAUGACAAAGAUAAGUACAAAGAGAAGGAGAAGGAGAAAUCACUGGAGAAAGAUAAACAACAAACUACUGAUGGGAAAGUUGCUUUGAGUAAUGUGAAUCCAGUUGCUUCUGGGAAUGGGCAUGGAAAACCUAAUGAUACGAAUUUAAAGAGUGUCAAAGCUCAUAGAAAAUCUCCACAGAGCUUUAUAAACGUAAUUGAGCUUCUUUUAGAUUCUGUCUGUACUUUUGUUCCUCCCCUGAAAGAUGAUGUGGUUUCAGAUGUCCUUGAUCCAUCGUCAACUGACAUGGACAUUGAUGCUGCAGCUAUUAAGGGGAAAGGAAAAGCCGUUGCCACUAUGUCUGAAGAGAAUAAUCAAGCCAAUGGGGAUGAAGCUUCUGCAUCACUUGCAAAGAUUGUAUUCAUAUUAAAGCUUUUGACGGAGAUUAUGCUGAUGUAUGCUUCAUCUGUUCACAUUUUGCUUCGGAAGGAUGCUGAAGUUAGUAGUUGCCGGUGUCCUCAACAAAAAGGUCCUGCUGGUGUGUAUGCUGGUGGAAUAUUCCAUCACAUUCUUCACAAGUUUCUUCUAUAUUCUCGGAGUUUAAGAAAGGACAAGAAAAUAGAUGGUGACUGGAGGCAUAAACUAGCAACCAGGGCUAGCCAGUUUUUGGUGGCGUCUUGUGUCCGUUCCACUGAAGCAAGGAGGAGGGUUCUAACAGAGAGCAAUUAUAUAUUCAAUGACUUCAUUAAUUCGUGCAAUGGUUUUAGCCCGCCGGGAAACAAUAUACCAGCUUUUGUUGAUCUGCUUAAUGAUGUACUAGGUGCUCGUUCACCUACUGGUUCAUACAUUUUAGCUGAAGCUUCUGCCACUUUUAUAGAUGUUGGUCUGGUUAGGUCAUUGACUCAAACUCUUCAAGUUUUGGAUCUGGACCAUGCUGACUCACCUAAAGUUGUUACUGGUCUAAUUAAAGCUCUGGAGUUGGUAACAAAGGAAUAUAUCCAUUCUGCUGAUUCUAACAUAGAGAAGGAGGAUAAUUCAACAAAAAUUCCCGAUCUUACUGAAUCUGCAAGAAUGGAUAAUGGUGGUGAUGUAUCUCAGUCUGUGGAAGCAGCAUCUCAAAUCAAUCCUGAUUCUGUGCCAGCUGACAACAUUGGGUCGUAUAAUGCUGUCCAACCUUACGGUGGCUCUGAGGCUGUUACAGAUGACAUGGAACAUGAUCAAGAUCUUGAUGGAGGUUUUGGUCCUGCUAAUGGGGAUGACUAUAUGCAUGAAACCUCUGAUGAUGUGAGGGGUCUUGAAAAUGGAAUUGAUACGGUGGGAAUACAAUUUGAAAUCCGUUGUGGACAAGAAAAUAUUGAUGAAGAUGAUGAUGAGGAGAUGUCUGGGGAUGAUGGGGAUGAAGUGGAUGAAGAUGAAGACGAUGAGGAGGAACAUAAUGAUCUUGAAGAAGAUGAAGUACACCAUCUUCCCCAUCCUGACACGGAUCAAGAUGAUCAUGAAAUUGAUGAUGAUGAUUUUGAUGAAGAAAUAAUGGAGGAAGAAGAGGAUGACGAGGAUGACGAGGAUGGAGUAAUACUGAGGCUGGAGGAGGGCAUAAAUGGAAUAAAUGUUUUAGACCAUAUUGAGGCUUUUGGUAGAGACAAUAGUUUUUCCAAUGAAGCUCUCCAUGUGAUGCCAGUUGAAGUUUUUGGUUCUAGACGUGAAGGGCGUACUACGUCCAUCUACAGUCUUUUGGGCAGAAGUGGUGACAGUGUUACCCCGUCAAGGCAUCCUCUUCUACUGGCACCUUCGUCAUCUGUGCACUCAGCUUCUCCUCGGCAAUCUGAGAAUGCACGUGACAUGGUCUUUCCAGAUAGGAACUUGGAGAGCACCUCAUCACGCUUGGAUUCUAUUUUCCGUUCCCUGAGGAAUGGGCGCCAUGGACACCGUUUGAACUUGUGGGUGGAUGAUAACCAGCAAAGUGGUGGAUCAAAUGUAGGUUUAGUGCCACAUGGCCUUGAAGAGCUGCUUGUUUCCCAGUUGAGACGACCAGCCCUUGAGCAGCCUUCUGACCAGAACACAAUGGCACAGGAUCCUAAAAGCAAAGAUGAAGUUAGCCUGUUGCAGGAAACAGAAGCAGGUGCAAGGACCGACAUUUCUUUUGAAAACAAUGAAAGUAGUAGCAUGCCACCUUCAACUCUUGAAAAUGAUAGCUCUGGCAAUGCUGAUCUGAGGCCUGCCGCAAGUGAACCUCUACAUGGAACUGAUGCAUCCAGCUCGCAAUUGCAAUCUGUUGAAAUGCAGUUUGAAAACAAUGAUGCAGCUGUACGGGAUGUUGAAGCUGUGAGCCAAGCAAGCAGUGGAAGUGGGGCGACCUUGGGUGAGAGCCUUCGAAGCCUUGACGUCGAAAUUGGAAGUGCUGAUGGCCAUGAUGAUGGUGGAGAAAGGCAAGCUUCUGCAGAUAGAAUGCCAUUGGGUGAUCCACAGGCAGCUCGCUCUAGAAGGACAAAUGUCUCUUUUGUGAAUUCUACACCUGUUGAUGGAAGAGAUGUGUCCCUUCAUAGUGUGACUGAAGUUUCAGAAGGUUCCAGCCGAGAAGCGGAUCAGGAUGGUCCGGCAGCAGAGCAGCAACUCAACAGUGAUGCUGGUCCUGGAGCAAUUGAUUCUGCAUUCCUGGAUGCUCUUCCAGAGGAGCUGCGUGCUGAGGUUCUUUCAGCUCAACAGGGUCAAGCGGCUCCGCCCUCAAAUGCUGAACCACAAAAUUCAGGAGAUAUUGAUCCAGAAUUUCUUGCAGCCCUUCCCCCUGACAUACGAGCAGAAGUUCUGGCACAGCAGCAAGCACAAAGGCUACAUCAAUCUCAGGAACUGGAAGGUCAACCUGUUGAAAUGGACACUGUCUCAAUAAUUGCAACUUUUCCUUCAGAUUUGCGAGAAGAGGUUCUCUUAACUUCGUCUGAUGCUAUCCUUGCAAAUCUGACGCCAGACCUUGUUGCGGAGGCAAACAUAUUGCGUGAAAGAUUUGCACACAGUUACAGCCGCACCCUUUUUGGUAUGUACUCUAGGAAUCGCAGAGGUGAAACUCCAAGAAGAGGUGAAGGUAUAGGGUCCAGCCUGGAAAGAGCCGGGGGAAGCAUUGUCCGUAGGUCAAUUGGAGCUAAGCUAGUUGAAGCUGAUGGAGCUCCUUUAGUUGAUACAGAUGCUCUGCAUGCCAUGAUUAGGUUGCUUCGUGUAGUGCAGCCACUGUACAAAGGUCAGCUGCAGAGGCUGCUUCUGAAUUUAUGUGCUCAUCAUGAAACCAGAAGUUCUAUGGUGAAGAUUCUCAUGGACAUGUUAAUGCUUGAUACAAGAAAGCAUAUUAACAACUUGAGUGCUGGUGAGCCUUCUUAUCGGCUUUAUGCUUGUCAGAGUAAUGUGAUGUAUUCACGUCCUCAGUCUUUCGAUGGUGUUCCUCCCUUGGUGUCUCGGCGUAUUCUUGAAACUCUUACUUAUUUGGCUCGUAAUCACCCAUCAGUGGCGAAGAUUUUGCUUCAGUUUAGGUUGCCUCAGCCUGCUGUACUGGAGACAGAAAAUACUGAUCGGGCACGGGGUAAAGCCGUGAUGGUUGUUGAAGAUGAUGGAAUGGAUAGGAGUGAUCAUUGGAAAGGAUAUAUAUCGAUUUCGUUGCUUUUGAACCUCUUAAAUCAACCCCUUUAUUUGAGGAGUGUAGCCCAUCUUGAACAGCUUCUUAACUUAUUGGAGGUCAUCAUUAAUAAUGCUGAAAGUAAAUCAGUAUCUGACAAAUCUCGGGCAUCUGCAUCUGAGCAACCAUCUGGUUCAGAAAGUGUAACGUCUGAUGUUGGGAUAAGUAGAGAAUCUGGUCAAAUUUCUUCAGAUGUUGCAGCAUCGUCCAAGGACAUUGAUAUCUCCAAGCUCAGCACCACUGGUGUGCGCAAGGAAUUUGAUCCGCAAGCUGUAUUGCUUAACCUACCACAAGCAGAACUCCGACUUCUAUGCUCAUUGCUUGCACGAGAGGGACUGUCAGACAAUGCAUAUACUCUAGUGGCGGAGGUAAUGAAGAAGUUGGUGGCAAAUGCUCCAACUCAUUGUCAUCUGUUUGCUACUGAGCUAGCUGGGGCCAUUCAAAACUUGACUUCAUCUGCUGUAGAUGAGUUACACAUGUUUGGUGAAGCUGUGGAAGCACUCCUCAGCACAACAUCCUCUGGUGGAGCUGCAAUAUUAAGGGUUCUGCAGGCAUUAAGCUCUCUUGUUGCUUCAGUGAGUGAGAAAGAGGAUGAUCUACAAAUUAUUCCCGAAAAGGAAUAUACAGCCGCUCUUUCUCAGUUGCAAGACAUAAAUGCAGCUUUGGAGCCUCUGUGGCUGGAUCUGAGCACUUGCAUAAGCAAAAUAGAGACUUAUUCAGACUCGGCACCUGAUUUGUUGACUUCAUCUAAAAUGUCAGCCUCUAAACCCUCUGGUGCAGUGACUCCACUCCCUGCAGGCUCUCAGAACAUCUUGCCAUAUAUAGAAUCUUUCUUUGUGGUGUGUGAGAAAUUACAUCCUAUGCAGCCAGGGUCUAAUGAUGAAUUUAGUAUUGCUGUAGUUUCAGAGGUCGAAGAUGCAACCACUUAUGCUGGCCAGCAGAAAACCUCAGGGCAUACUUCGAAAGUUGAUGAAAAACACCUUGCUUUUGUGAAGUUCUCGGAGAAGCAUAGGAAGCUGCUAAAUGCUUUCAUCAGGCAAAACCCUGGGUUACUUGAGAAGUCCUUCUCCCUCAUGCUAAAGGUUCCUAGAUUUAUUGACUUUGACAAUAAGCGUGCUCACUUCAGAUCAAAAAUAAAGCAUCAACCUGACCAUCAUCAGAGUCCUUUAAGAAUUUCUGUAAGAAGAGCUUACAUUCUUGAAGAUUCAUUUAACCAGCUGCGUAUGAGAUCUGCUCAAGAUUUGAAAGGGAGGUUGACAGUUCACUUUCAAGGAGAGGAAGGUAUUGAUGCAGGUGGACUUACAAGGGAGUGGUAUCAAUCGCUAUCCAGGGUUAUCUUUGAUAAGGGGGCAUUACUUUUUACAACUGUGGGUAAUGAGUCGACAUUUCAACCAAACCCUAACUCUGUGUAUCAAACAGAACAUCUGUCAUAUUUCAAAUUUGUUGGGCGAGUGGUUGGGAAAGCACUUCUUGAUGGGCAACUCUUGGAUGUCCAUUUCACUCGAUCAUUCUACAAGCAUAUAUUGGGGGUGAAAGUUACUUAUCAUGACAUUGAAGCCAUUGAUCCAGAUUACUUUAAAAACCUUAAAUGGAUGCUUGAGAAUGAUAUAAGUGAUGUUCUGGAUCUUACGUUUAGCAUUGAUGCCGAUGAGGAGAAGCUGAUAUUGUAUGAGAGGACAGAAGUGACCGACUAUGAACUCAUUCCUGGUGGACGGAAUAUUAAGGUUACCGGGGAGAAUAAACACCAGUAUGUUGAUCUAGUUGCUGAGCACCGGUUAACAACUGCUAUUCGUCCUCAAAUAAAUGCCUUUUUGGAAGGAUUCAAUGAAUUAAUUACCAGGGAAUUAAUUUCUAUCUUCAAUGACAAGGAACUUGAAUUACUGAUUAGUGGGCUUCCUGAUAUUGAUUUGGAUGAUAUGAGGGCGAAUACUGAGUAUUCUGGGUACAGUCCUGCAUCUCCUGUUAUUCAGUGGUUUUGGGAAGUUGUUCAGGGUUUCAGCAAGGAGGAUAAGGCUCGUCUCUUGCAGUUUGUGACUGGCACCUCUAAGGUGCCUUUGGAAGGGUUCCGUGAACUUCAAGGGAUUUCAGGCUCACAAAAGUUUCAGAUACACAAGGCUUAUGGCAGCCCUGAUCACUUGCCUUCUGCUCAUACUUGUUUCAACCAGUUGGAUCUACCGGAAUAUCCUUCUAAACAAAACUUGGAGGAAAGGCUGUUACUUGCAAUUCAUGAAGGCAGUGAAGGGUUUGGAUUCGGUUGAGAAUUAUAAUGGGAGGCAUCAAGAUAACCUUGUAGAUAAUACAGAUUAUGUCAAAUGCUACCAUGAAAAGGGGAAAUUGGGUGUUAAUUGUGGGACUUUGGGGGUAAUGCAGGUUGAUAUAUUGUAUAGUCGUAUAUUUUCUAUUGGAAAUGCCUCUGGCAGUUUUUGAUUUA